AUGAAUUACUCAUCGUCUUCUUCAGAAAAGCCAGCAUCAGAGCUGAAGCUAUUAGGUUUUCCUUUGGAAAAUACCACUAGCGGAACUAAUAAUAACUGUAUAGUGUGUUCAUACUGUGAUCGAAGAUUCCAGAACUUUCAAGCACUUGGAGGGCACCAGAAUGCGCAUAGAAGAGAGAGGCAAAUUAUCGCUAUGCAUAAUCUACUACCGUACCAAUACAAACCAAUAAUAAUCGCUGCUUUUGGUGACGCUGUAUUGCCACCGCCGGAAAAGCUAUUGUUACCUGCGGUGGAGGCAUCACCGGCGGGAAUGCGCCGCCGCAAUAACUCUCCCUCUGUAGGAAGAGUUAGCGAUAAUGAUGACAUUGAUCUUGAAUUGAGAUUAGCUACCUCCCCUGAUAAGGAGUCUAUAAGGUGUUUGAGAAAACACCGUAGUUAA